AUGUCAUCAAAAACCGAUCUUCAACUUCGUGAUCUGGAGAAAAAUAGUGAUUCUCACACCGAGCUGUCUAUCGAUGGUACGAAUUCUGUAGUCACAAGUCCGAAGAACUCUUUUCUAUCUUUCCUACAUUCACUCAAUGCUAAAGCUGGGACAGAGAUCAAGGGCAUUGAACCAGUGACAGAGGGUGAAAAAAAUGAUGAUUCCAUUUGGAAUGCCGCAUCUAUGUGGUUUUCUGCAAACUUGGUUAUUGCAGCAAUGGCAGUUGGGUUGCUUGGUCCAAUUGUUUUUAAGCUCAACUUUUGGGGCUGUGUUAUUGCCAUUUUGCUAUUCAAUUUCCUCGGGGUCUUGCCGGUUGCGUUCUUCUCUGUAUUUGGUGCCGAAUUAGGCCUUCGUCAGAUGGUUCUUUCGCGCUACCUGCUAGGAAACAUUACUGCACGAUUCUUUGCCAUUAUUAACAUCAUUGCCUGCGUUGGUUGGUGCGCUAUCAAUACAAUAGCAUCUGCCCAGCUUCUCCAUAUGAUAAAUCCCCACGGUGCUCGUUGUCCGCCAUGGGCAGGAUGUCUGAUCAUCGCUUGCUCGACAAUAAUUGUCUCUUUUUUCGGCUACCGCGUCAUUCAUAUGUACGAGAAAUGGGCUUGGGUACCAAAUUCUGUCGUGUUCCUAAUUGUCAUUGCACGCAUUCACCUAAGUGGCUCUUUUGAGGUCGGGCAUUGGAAACAAAGUCCGGACACGGCAGCAGGUAUUCUUGGCUUAGGUGGUGUUAUAUUCGGCUUUGCUGCUGGGUGGACGACUUAUGCUGCUGAUUAUACUGUCUACAUGCCGCGCACUGUCAACAAACUCAAAGUUUUUCUAUUCGUGGCAGCUGGCCUAAUGAUUCCACUUUCCUUCACUAUGCUUCUAGGUUCUGCAGCGGCUUGUGCUGCACUCAACAACCCGCUUUACAUGGAGUAUUAUAAAAAGGAGAGCGCUGGGGGGCUGCUUUACGCUAUUUUAGUUCCUGAAUCACUGCAUGGUUUUGGUCAAUUCUUAUGUGUUGUUUUAGCGAUUUCAACAGUGGCCAAUUGCAUUCCUAACAUGUACUCUAUUGCCUUAGGAACUCAAUCUUUGUGGAAACCGCUUGCCAAGGUCCCUAGAGCUUUUUGGACCGUUGCUGGUAGCCUUGUGACCCUGGCCAUUGCCAUCGCAGCUUACUAUAAGUUUGCUGCCUUCAUGACCAAUUUUAUGGAUGCGAUCGCCUACUACAUUUCAAUUUACCUUGGAGUUGCAUUGAGUGAGCAUUUCAUUUUCAGAAAAGGGAAAUUUCAAAACUACAACGUAGGACACUGGAGUAGUUGGAGUGAGUUACCAGUUGGUUAUGCCGGCUGUAUAGCCCUUUUUGUAGGAGCUGUUGGUGUGGCGCUAGGUAUGCAGCAAACCUAUUGGACUGGUCAAAUUGGAAGAUUGAUUGGCAGCAGGGGCGGGGAUAUUGGUCUUGAACUUGGGUUUGCGUUUUCCUUGAUCGCUUAUAAUACAAUGAGACCACUCGAAAUUAAGUACUUUAAGCGUUGA